AUCAAGUCAUUUCCGCCGUGUAGCUCAUGUCUGUUGUUUAUGAAAGAUUCAACAGGGGUUGCAGUCAGAAUAACUCUUCAGUUCCUAAAAUCAUGAAGCAGCUGCCUCCAGAUACUGUACGGCUGCUGUCCAGCUCACAGGUCAUCACCUCUGUGCUGAAUGUUGUGAAAGAAUUGAUGGAAAAUUCCCUGGAUGCUGGAGCUACAAGCCUUGACAUUAAACUGGAGAACUACGGAUUGGACCGGAUAGAAAUGCGUGAUAACGGCCAUGGAAUCAAAGCUGAAGACACUCCUGUGAUGGCUCUGACACAUUUUACUUCAAAGAUCUUUUGCCACGAAGACCUGGAGCGACUGGAGACAUACGGCUUCAGAGGAGAGGCACUGGGCUCCAUCUGUGCUGUGGCCGAGGUGGCUGUCAUCACAAAGACAGAGGAGGAGGACAUCAGCACACAGUACACGCUGAACUUCACAGGACAGAUUGUUUCUCAGAAGCCAUCUCACUUGGGUCAAGGCAAGACACAAAUAAUUCAAUCCGUCUUUAGCGAGCAGCCAAAAUCAAAGACAGCUUUAUACAAUAAUAGUAGAAGA